CCUCGUGCGCAGUUGCUGCAUCAUCGACUCUCUCGGCAGCCAUUGAAGAUCUCUCUCCACGCGAUCUUCGCAUCCAAAAAGUCGCCCUGUGUCGCUCACUCGCUCUCACCCUUCGCCCCAGCCGCCACCCACGUCCUGUCUGCCGAAGCCACCAUGGCCGAGGACCGCCCCCUCAAGCCCCAAGGCCACGCCCAACCCUACGACCCCCAGAACGAGAUAUUCAUCCACAUGCCGGCCACCGCCUGGAUCGACCAGCAAGACCCCCCCGAGUUCGACGAGUCCUUGCUGGCCAGCCUCGAGCAGAAGCGCCAGGAACUCGACGCCAAGGUCCACCGCUACAUAGCAAAGAAACAGGGGCAGUUCAACGAUUGGGUUGGCGACAAGCGCUCCCGCUACGAGCUCCGCGCCGAGGAACGCCGCCACAGGCACGACGACCAAGAUGCUCCCCCGUACCCGUCCGAGCCCACGACCGACGACGACACCAGCCCGCCCAAGACGCCCGAGGACCAAAACGCGCGCAGGAGAGCUGAAGACACCUCGCAAGACGUGGCCAAGCAGGAGUCUCCCGACGACCCUGCCAGCGCAACGCGCGAAAAGGACUCGGAGCUCCUCCAGCUGCUUCCUGGCUUCUUGCCACUGCUUGAUGAACAAGAAGGGAGCAGCAGCAGCCCGGCGCGCAGCAGCUCGGCCCCUCCUUCCAACGGCAGAGCCGAAGCUUCUCCGCCGACGACGCCUAUCAAUCCUCGCAUUGAAUUCGGUCGCUCAGUCACUGCACCCAGUCCCAUAUACGCUGCCGCUGCCCGUAGUGCUAGAAGGCCACUUCCCAGGCGCUCCUCGCUGAAACAGCCUUCAUCGGGCAAUGGUACCGGCAGCCGCAAGGCUGUCCGAUUGAGUUUAGGCCCUCAGAUUGUGACGCCGACCCAGUCACCUCCGGAGCACGACGAGAUCUACGACCCGGUAAGGCUUGCCGAGGAACAGCGACUGCUCGAGGAACAAGCAUUAGCCAUCAUCGAGCAAGAGACAGAAGAAAAGUGGAGAACGGAGCCGGAAAGGACCUACAUUGACUUUGUUCCAACUGAGCCUGCAUCAGUGCCCAAUGUCGACGGUCCUGCGGAUGUCCCAAGCCCCCGGCUAACACCACCCGCCAGCCCCAAACCUGAGGCCAAGGAGCCUGUGGAAGCGGGCUCUGCCACCCCAGAACUGCCAGGACCGAUGAGACCUGAAAGCCCCAGCGAGUGCUCCACUACUUCGUACGGCGAGACCAGCGCUGAACAGGCAUUGUCUUUGCAUGGCAACGAAGCGCCGAACUCGCCAGCGACUAAGCCUGUAGACAAGGAAAAGAAGAAGAAAAAGAGAAGAAAGUCCAAAUCUAGCAAAUCGGCCGGCCCUCACGCCGCCCUGUCUCACUUUACGCCUACGCCUGCAACCGUGACGACAGCCGUUUCGUCAGCGGCUCCCGAAGCCCCGCCUUACUCACCUGUAAACCCAGUCGCCGCCCCAUACGAAGACAUCCCCGAACCUGUAUACCAGCACGUGUCGCCCUCACGCGCUGCCGACGACCCAAACACGUACUCGGGCUCGCUGCUGAGUAGCAGCAUGCGUGACUCGGGACCGCAUUACGGGACAACGCGAUCGCGGCCGCCUCCGAGCAGUCUGCGACCGGACAUGGCAUCUUUGAACGCUGUCAAUGUACCAUUGCCGGUCGGCGGGUUCAGCGCGGGCAGUGCGACGGGUAACACGCCACGCAGUUACGGGUCAUCGGCCAUGCCACGCGCCAGCCUCGGUGAGAGUUAUAUGGCGUUGCAUUUCGCGCGACGCAUGAUGGAGCGUGAGAUGGAGCGGAACCGGAGUGGCGACAAAACGAUGGGGCGACAGCAACACCACCAUCAGCCCGAGUUGGGCCGCGCGCUGAGUGAGGUUGGUGAGGGCGAGGAAGACGACGUCGGGGUCGAGAGAAAUGAGUUUGUGCCAAGUGGUGCCGUGGCAAUCGAAAACGAUAACGCGCCGAGGUACGUUGAGGAUGUGGAUUUGGAACUGGACCUGAAUACGUCAAACGGACCGGACGAUGGGAAAAAGGGAGAAGACGAGGACGACCAGGAAUUCAUGGGCGACCUCGACCUAUGAGGUGGCACUGGCAUACACCCCGCUGUCGCCGACGAAUGAACGAGCGAGCGAGCGAGCGCAAGCUAGCCUGUUUUUAUUUUCGUGCUGCUGUUGCUGCUCGCUUGCUCCCUUGAGACAUGGCGCGCAGAGGGUAGGAGGCAGUGGUACGGAGCUAUCUAACUGCCACCAGCACCACUUGAGGUUAAAAGCUUGAGCACUAGCAUGGAACGGGCGCGGGGCA